AUGGCUCAACAACAAUCACCAAAACAACAACUGAACUCGACCUCUGUUUACACCUUCCUAAUCUUUGGGAGAGGUGAAAUUCCACCUUAUAAGGGAAUUAUAGAUUGUUUCAUUCGUGUCUCACGUGAAGAAGGUAUUCUCUCGUUCUGGAAUGGUAACUUUACCAAUGUAAUUCGUUAUUUUCCAACUCAAGCAUUCAAUUUUGCAUUCAAAGAUUCCAUCAAACAACUCUUCCCCAAGUUCAAUCCCAAAGAAGAGUUUGGUAAAUAUUUCCUCGUUCAAAUGGCUUCGGGAGCUAUGGCUGGAGCAGGUUCCUUAUGUAUUGUCUAUCCUCUCGAUUACGCCAGAACUCGUUUGGCAGCUGACACUGGCAAGGUCAAAACUUUCAAUGGUUUGACCGAUUGUCUCGUAAAAACAGCGAAAGGACCUUCAGGAUUUUUAGGUCUCUAUCGUGGAUUUGGAGUCUCUCUCGCUGGUAUCAUUCCUUACCGUGGUGUGUAUUUUGGCUUGUAUGACUCCUUCCGAGAAAUGAAUCCCUAUAAGAAUGAUUAUGGAAUGAAAGGUGUCGUUUCGAAAUUCAUGGUUGCCCAAGCGACUGCACUCGCUGCUGGAUAUGCUUCUUAUCCAUUCGAUACUGUUCGAAGAAGACUUCAAAUGCAAGCAGAGAAGCCACGUGAUCAAUGGUUGUAUGAAGGAACGACGGAUUGUUUCAAGAAAAUUGCAAGACAAGAAGGGUUCCAUGCAUUCUUUGAUGGAGCAGCAGCCAAUGCUUUCAGAACUAUUGGAUCUGCCUUGGUAUUGGUCAUGUAUGAUCAAAUGCAGGGAUUUUUUGGUGUGAAUCUUGGAAGUUCCGGAAGUGAAUAA